AUGGCAAAAGACGACUCCAACUUUGACCACAGAGAUGUGCGUGUCUGUCAGAAAGGAUGCGGACUUCUCUUGCAGACAGACAUUGUCCAGGGAGACCAUUGCUGUUUAGAUGCGCUUCGUAUGCUGAACGAUGCGCUCCAGGAACGGAGCGCUACGUUGGAGCAUGAAGCCCGGAUGCAGCAGCUCAGGUGGGUCAGGAGAAAGCAGUCCCUACUGGCCCAGGUGUCAUCCCUCCAGAGCGAAGCUCAAUUGACUGCUCUGAAGUACCAGCGAAAGUUACACCAAUACAUGCUGAACAUCAACAACAUAGCCAAACAGGUUAUUGGAUAUUACAAGGUGAGAACUUGUAUCAUAUUAAACUCAGUCCCAACACCAAUUAUUGCUUUUGAUGUGAUAAAAUUACAUAAUGUCAAGAUUGGUAUGCCUACUGUAUUUGAGAUGGACACAUUAGAUGGCAUAUGUAACACUAUAUUGCAUUAUCCAGCAACAUACACUAUUAGGCUAUUUCUUUUACUGUUCUUUUUUUGUUAUGAUAAUGUUAACAGAGUGACUCAGGAACUUCUGGAGUCUGCCUGUCCCAGCUAUCUGAACAAGUUCCAACUGAUGCAGUGGAAUUCAGUCAGUAAUGAUCAUCAGACCUAUUCUAUUUAGCAUACUAAUAUUGCUUUGGCUUGCCCCGGUCAGACAACUCUUUGUCCCAAAAUUUACUUCCAGGGGGUCCACCCUAUGUAAGUUGGAGAAUUUAGAAUUUUUCAAACACCUGAAAAUCUAGAUCCAUAAUCAUUAUGCCUAAUUCUAUGUAAAUAUAUAUUUAUAUUUUACUGCAUAUCUAAUAUACCUCUUGAGCUGUCUGUAUCCUCCUGACUAGUGGUGAAAUAAACUAAAUAUGCUUCUCUGCAUCUCUGCUAAUAUCUGGGUAAAAGAUUGAAAGGAAUACUUAUUAUUAUUAUUAUACUUAUACUUAUUCAGGACAUUUAGUUAUUGCUUCCUUUGCUAAAGUCUACCAACCUUGCCAGCAGGCAUGCCAGCUAAGAUAAUUAGAUAAGCUAGCUACUCUAACUUGAUUGAUGUUUUUUAAAAGUUUUUCAGUUAAAACGAUAACACAAUUCCACGUGAAUUCACAGUGCAGCUGCUCUGCUGCCAGCAACGGUUUGGGUCUCACGGUGCGUCCCUUUCAGAUGGUGAAGCACUGCACCUGUACUACCAUUACUGUACCUCAAUUCCACCUCGCAAAGUUUGCAUUUCACCACCUUCUCAUUUAACUUCUAAAGGAUUGCCAUACAGGACUUUGCUGCUGUUGCUUGCCUUUCUCUGACAUUUUUCCAACUGUUUAAGACGAUGAUGUAGUGGUUGAGUGUGUGUGUUCAGUCUUCGGUCUGUUGCAUGUAGAAUAUCCUAGCCUAUUCAUUGAUGAUAGGCCCUGCUUUACUGAAGUUGUGAGACAUUGCAAGCCAAGAAAUAGCAUUCUAUUGCGAGAUACAGAAGCUAGCUGUCCUCCGGCUACACCAUGGUGCUACCCUACAGUGUGCUGCUGAGGCUACUAUAGACUUUCAUUGCAAAACAGUGUGUUUUAAUCAAUUAUUUGGUGACGGAAAUAUUUAUUAUCUUUUUUUUCUAAAAAUGAUAUAUAUAUUUUUUUACAUAUUUCACUAUAUUGAUUUUUAUAAAAUUCAGUGAGGAGGAUGGUCCUCCCCAUCCUCUUCUGAGGACCCUCCACUGGUCUAUAUACAGUUAUCUAGUUGUGAGCAGUAACACUGUGGGUUUUACAGUAUGCUGUGAGUCCGAUGGUGUUCCUUCCCUGCACCUUGACAACAGUUGAUUUAGAUGGUGCAGCUGAAAGUCUUCACUCUGGCCUCACACAGAGGAUGACGUCAAUGAGCAGGAUGACAGUUCUGUGUUUUAGAAGAGGAAUAACUUAAGCAAGAUGAGCAGGCAGAGUCACUCCUGCCUUACAAAGGAUCCUUCUCUGCGAGUAGGUAAGGAGAUGAAAACUUGGUGAGAUUAAACAUACUUUGUAAGCCUAUAGUUCGCCUCCGUUGAUGUCCUAAACCUAAGGAACCAAGGACAUGAGGCUACCACCACUAAUUGCUUUUGUAGAUACUUGUAACAUAUUUUUAUUGUAAUUGUUAUAACAUGUAUAAUGGCUAGAAGUGUAGCUCACUGUUCCAGUGUUGUUGUCAAUGGGAAGAGAUCGGUAAGUACUCCAUUAGCCUUUUCAAGUGGAAAGGGCCCAUAGUUUAGAGUGUUGCUGACACAGUAAUGGUAUUCUGGAGAGGUGCUAUUCACUAAAACAAAGUGAAACCUAAGGCACAAUCAGGCCUUUUCACCUGGCUGUGAGUGGUUCUACUGAAGAUGUAGCUGGUCGCUCUUCUCAUUAAUACCUUAGCCUGGAGUGAGGAAGGGAGAGAGGAGAUAGAGAGAGAGAGAGGAGAAGAGAGAGAAGGAGAGAGAGAGAUGGAUAUGAGAGAGAGAGAGAGAGAGAAGAGAGAGAGGUUUGGAAGGAGGUAGAGAGUGUAUUUCGGGAGAGCAAGAGCGGCGGUAUGGUCUCCCGCCAGGUUAGGGUGAGGAGGGUGUUCACCUAAGGAGGAGGGCGGACUUAACGAGAGAGGAUAAAGGCAGAGAGCGCGAGAGAGAGAGCGAAGGAGAGAGCCUCCGAGCAGAGAGCUUCUCGAGCGCUCUUCUCUCUCUCUUCUCUCUCGGGCGGGCGUCUCUCUCUCUCGCCUCUCGUCGUAGGGAGGGGAGGGAGAGUCAUUCUGUUUAGGUCCAGAGCACAAAGAUGACAGAAAUAGAUUGUGCUGUGACAAGAGAAAAUAUAGAUUUAUCACCUGCAAUUUCGUGUCAGCUGAUUUGUUUUUUCGUUUUUUGAGAAGUGAGACUUGAGUCCAAACAAAAGAUGAUCGCUGAUCAACAAUAGGAUUUUUCAAUUGGAUUUUUCUCCCCACAGCAAACUCAAUGUCGUCUACUAUUUUUGAGGAGAAACAAAGGAGAAACAAUCUCAUCCAAUUAGUUUGCUGAGAGAUGUACAGUAUCAGAUAAUCUUCACCUCUGUGUGUUGUAAAACACUGGUGUUUCAUUGGUCACGUCCAUUGGGGAUGGACACUUCUAUUGGCUGUCUUUCUGAUGUCUAUUUGGACCCUGGUUGCUUAUCUAGACAGCAGAAUGAACUGUGUUGUCUGUCAGUUCCUUGCAGUCUGCUUCUAACAGACUGAAGGUCGGCAUUUAGGGGUGUUUUCUGUACCUGACAUGCUCGGUUGCGGUGGUCAGUCAUCCAGAGUGAGCACGGUGUAACCGUUUACUCUAGCUCCUGGCCGAAUUGCCUACUUCCUGUAACAUUUGACUAAUACGCACAACUGACUUUUAGUCGAGCAGCUAGCAGCUAAAACAAACUUCCUCAUGGCUUUAUUUAGAUUGUAGCACUGUAGGGAAGGGCAAGAUAAUGGUGUUUAUAUAGCUCUGUAGACCUAUGUAAAUACCUGUAUGUGAGACGUGGUUGGUUCGUCAAGUCUUUUUUGUUUAAGAGAUAUCAGAAAGUGUGCUUCAAGUAUGCGUCAAUAGAUGAUUAUUCAGGUUGUGGUGUCUUUUAAUAUGCUGCUUGUCUUGGGUUAACUGAAAAUCUUGAAUCUAUUACAUUUUUUAUUGUAAUUUAGGUUUAUUGGAGCAAGGAAAUUCUUAAUAUUUAUUUCCUUGUUAGAUUGGCUAACCUUCUGUUAUUCUAAAGCUCUCACUAAAUGAAGUAGAGAUUGAGAUGAUUUCUGGACCACAGAGGGUAUUGCUAGGGAGCUGGACCGCACCACCGAGAUCCUGAGAGGGUACUUGCUGCACGCACACACACACACACACACACACACACACAAAGACACACACCGUCAGAAACACACACUGUUGUGUUUGGCGAUGUGUGUGUUGACUCUGUAUCCAAUCUCCCUCCUCCGCGGUGCAUAGUGUGUGUAUGUGUGUGUGUGUGUGUGUGUGCGUGAGUUGACUCUCCUCGGUGGUGCAGUAGAUCUAGAGGUGUGUUGUUUUAGGCAGAGGAUGUGAACCAGGAAGCUGUUCCGCUAAAGGCCACCGGGGUCGUGAAGAGAGUUGUGCUGGAAAAAAUUGUGUGUUUUUUUUAAAGGCUCUUUCAAGCAGUUGAGGAGUUGUUAGUUUGAACUGUGGGUGGUUGGAGUAUAGCUUAUGUCCUGAUCUUAGGUGAAUCACACUAGGUAACCCCUAAGAACUACCCUUUAAAUCCACUUUGAUGUACAAUAAACUUUGCUGGUUCAUCAACAUGUAAGCAUGUUUGUGUGCACAUCUGUGUUUAUUGUGUCUGUGAUAGUGAACCUCAACGCACAACAGAUUUGCUCUCAGACGAGUGACCCAGCUUUCAGGUACUCUGAGGGCGAGUGCCCACCGCACAAUGACAGGAGCAAUACAUCAUUAUUCUACUCACUCAAACAGCAAGGGAGACCUCUGCUCUCUUCACACCGUAAUGAGUGCAGCAUGGAGCCUGCCUCUCCACUGAACCUGGGUGGCAUAGAAUAGAUCCGAGCUCAACACCCAUGGCUGCAGCAUCUGGUAAAGAAGUCUGAUGUCAUAAAACAGUUAAAAACCAUAACAUACUGUAAGCAAUGAGUCCAAAGAAGCCAGGCAGUUGAUGAGAUGAACAGGUUGAGAAACUGUAUUUUGAGGGACUUCUUCAUAGGGCCAGGGAGCUUCUUUUUUUUUUUUUUUUACACAAACACACACACAGCUGUGUCCGAUGAUUUUACCCCUCUGUUAACUCACUUUACGAAAAACUCUAUCGCAUAGAAGGGCUUUCGUGAGACUGAGUAUUUAGCUCUCUGUAUCUUUAUGAUGAGUAGAUGGCUUUGUAGUGACAUGAUUCACCCACAAAAUGGCUGCUGUGGUUGACUGUUAAACCCCCCCCCCCCCCACCCCUCAAGUCUCACUGCUGGGGGGUCCGUUAGUCAUUGACCUGGUGGGUCUCUUACCGUCACAGAAACCUACACACUCUUACAGUAUCCUGGACCGACAUGUGGCAGCUGUUACAGGAUGAUUAGAAAAGUCCUGAUUCAGGACACACGCACACACACAGCUGGCUGGUUAUCAUCAAGGCUUUCUCAGCAGUAUGAAAUGAGUAUGUAAUCAGGGGCCGUAUAUACAAAGCGUCUCAGAGUAGAAAAUUGGUGCUACGAAUAGAAACAUUUUACUCGUACUCUUAUGGGUAAAAAUAAAAGCUAUGCAUGAAGCCUCUUUAGUCAAACGAGCCUAUAACCUAGUAGACAGAUAUUUAGGAGACCUCAUGAGCUGUCCUAACCAGUUAGGAGUUACCAGCAGGUGUGUUGAUUAUAGAAAAAGGCACCAAGUCAGUGGUUUGCUUACGAGUUGAAAUAAUAUUUUAAUAUUUCUGUAUCAUUUAGACUUACAGUACGUGCAACACGAUCUCUUGUGCUUUUGAGAAUGAUUUAAUAUGAGGCAUAUUUUUCUUUCGAUUAUUUCAUUAACCUACAGUACCAGUCAAAAGUUUGGACACACCUACUCAUUCAAGGUUUUUCUUUAUUUUUACUAUUUUCUACAUUGUAGAAUAAUAGUGAAGACAUCAAAACUAUGACAUAACACAUAUGGAAUCAUGUAGUAUCCAAAAAAGUGUUAAACAAAUCAAAAUAUAUUUUAUAUUCUUCAAAGUAGCCACCCUUUGCGUUGAUGACAACUUUGCACACUCUUAGCGUUCUCUCAACCAGCUUCAUGAGGAAUGCUUUUCCAACAGUCUUGAAGGAGUUCCCAUAUAUGCUGAGCACUUGUUGGCUGCUUUUCCUUCACUCUGCGGUCCAACUCAUCCCAAACCACCUCAAUUGGGUUGAGGUCAGGUGAUUGUGGAGGCCAGGUCAUCUGAUGCAACACUCCAUCACUCUUUCUUGGUCAAAUAGCCCUUACACAGCCUGGAAGUGUGUUUUGGGUCAUUGUCCUGUUGAAAAACAAAUGAUAGUCCCACUAAGCACAAACAAGAUGGGAUGGCGUAUCGCUGCAGAAUGCUGUGGUAGCCAUGCUGGUUAAGUGUGCCUUGAAUUCUAAAUAAAUAACAGACAGUGUCACCAGCAAAGCACCCCCACACUAUCACACCUCCUCCUCCAUGCUUCACGGUGGGAAGCACACAUGCGGAGAUCAUCCGUUCACCUACUCUGCGUCUCACAAAGACACAGCGAUUGGAACCAAAAAUCUCAAAUUUGGACUCAUCAGACCAGAGGACAGAUUUCCACCGGUCUAAUGUCCAUUGCUAAUGUUUCUUGGCCCAAGCAAGUCUCUUCUUCUUAUUGGUGUCCUUUAGUAGUGGUUUCUUUGCAGCAAUUCGAACAUGAAGGCCUGAUUCACGCAGUCUCCUCUGAACAGUUGAUGUUGAGAUGUGUCUGUUACUUGAACUCUGUGAAGCAUUUAUUUGGGCUGCGAUUUCUGAGGCUGGUAACUCUAAUGAACUUAUCUUCUGCAGCAGAGCAACUCUUCCUUUCCUGUGGUGGUCCUCAUGAGAGCCAGUUUCAUCAUAGCUCUUGAUGGUUUUUGCGACUGCACUUGAAGAAACGUUCAAAGUUCUUGAAAUGUUCCAGAUUGACUGACCUUCAUGUCUUAAAGUAAUGAUGGACUGUCGUUUCUCUUUGCUUAUUUGAGCUGUUCUUGCCAUAAUAUGGACUUGGUUUUUUACCAAAUAGGGCUAUCUUCUGGAUACCCCCCUACCUUGUCACAACACAACUGAUUGGCUCAAAUGCAUUAAGAAGGAAAUAAAUUCCACAAUUCAACUUUUAAGAAGGCACACCUGUUAAUUGAAAUGCAUUCCAGGUGACUACCUCAUGAAGCUGGUUGAGAGAAUGCCAAGAGUGUGCAAAGCUGUCAUCAAGGUAAAGGGUGGCUACUUUGAAGAAUCUAAAAUCUCAAAUAUAUUUGGUUACUACAUGAUUCCAUAUGUGUUAUUUCAUAGUUUUGAUGUCUUCACUAUUAUUCUACAAUGUAGAAAAUAGUAAAAAUAAAGAAACACCUUGAAUGAGUAGGUGUGUCCAAACUUUUGACUGGUACUGUACAUCAUGUAAUUUCAAGUUAUCCCUUUGGAGUGCAAUAUCAUUUUGUUAAAAACGAUCCCUAAAUUGGGCAUGCCUAUAAGUUGGGCAAUUGACAACAUCUAGGGCCUAUGUAUUUGGUGAUUAAUGAUAGACCUUUCAAACGUUUUUAUGCAACAUUAUUAUUGGCAAGUGACUUGAUGCCUACUGUGCCAAAAGCGAGUUAUUGAACGGGAGUGAUGAGUAUGUUGAUAUAACAAUAAUAUUAUCAAAAUUCCGAUUCAUACUGUAAAAUUCAAUGUAAUAGCCUAUCACAUUAUUCAAAAUAAUCCGAAUUUGUUAAAAAAGGGUUUUGCAUGCCAACAUAUUAGGCAAGAAUUAAGAGUAGGCAAAGUGAUCGUGUCAGGCUAAAAUUAUAUCAAAUGUUUUACCAUUGCAACAUUUGAUGUACAGUCACAUUCACUGUGGUUGUCUGAAGUGCUAUAGACUUCACAGCUGGCAAAGCCUCAUCGCGAUUGGUUAUUCCCCCAUAAUUUGCAACAAUUUCAAUGAGCAUCAUCACUAUCUUUCCUUUGCGGUACCUCAAACUGUCGUGAUUACCAGCUGAGAUAAACUUUUAUGAGGUGAUGUUUUUGUCUUAAAACAGGUUUUAACAGAAUUCCUAGGACCUUUUCUGAGAGGCUUUGUGGAUAUGGGCCUUAGGGAAAGAUGUGGCCAGGUCUGCCUGCUGGGGAGUUUUGUCUGUGGGACGAUUCUCUCCCGCAAACUAAACCCCCAUGACCAGUGUCAGCACCGUUGAAUUACAUGAAAUUAGAAGAAAUACCAUGAACAGAAAUGUCUCCUCUGUACAGGAGGCAGGUAGCUUAGUGGGUAAGAGCGUUGUGCCAGUAACCGAAAGGUCGCUGGUUCUAAUCCCCGAGCCGACUAGGUGAAAAAUCUGUCGAUGUGCCCUUGAGCAAGGCACUUAACCCUAAUUGCUCCUGUAAGUCGCUCUGGAUAAGAGCGUCUGCUAAAUGACUAAAAUGUACAGUAUCAUCCUUUAGUUAAGCUCCAAUCAGCAGCACCCAGUCUAAUGCAUCCAGUCUCAGACAACCUCUCUGUUCAGAAGGAGGAUUAAGUCCUAAUUAGGUGAGGGAAAAGGAAGCCUUUAGAUGCAGAGAGACAGGUGUACAGUCAAAGCCUGUACAGUACAGUAAAGUGCAGUAUAUUAUGAUAUUAUGGAUGUGUUGAAGGGAGAGAUAAGCCAAGGUAAUAUGCCAGGUGCACUGGGUAUUAGUUCAUUAAGCUUGACAUUGGGCACUGCACUGUACAGUCAUGGUCAAAAGUUUUGAGAAUGACACAAGUAUUGGUCUUCACAAAGUUUGCUGCUUCAGUGUUUUUAGAUAUUUUUGUCAGAUGUUACUAUGGUAUACUGAAGUAUAAUUACAAGCAUUCCAUAAGUGUCAAAGGCUUUUAUUGACAAUUACAUUAAGUUUAUGCGAAGAGUCAAUAUUUGCAGUGUUGACCCUUCUUUUUCAAGACCUCUGCAAUCCGCCCUGGCAUGCUGUCAAUUAACUUCUGGGCCACAUCCUGACUGAUGGCAGCCCAUUCUUGCAUAAUCAAUGCUUGGAGUUUGUCAGAAUGUGUGUGUUUUUGUUUGUCCACCCGCCUCUUGAGGAUUGACCACAAGUUCUCAAUGGGAUUAAGGUCUGGGGAGUUUCCUGGCCAUGGACCCAAAAAUGUUUUGUUCCCCGAGCCACUUAGUUCUCAUUUUUGCCUUAUGGCAAGGUGCUCCAUCAUGCUGGAAAAGGCAUUGGUCGUCACCAAACUGUUCUUGGAUGGUUGGGAGAAGUUGCUCUCGGAGGAUGUGUUGGUACCAUUCUUUAUUCAUGGCUGUGUUCUUAGGCAAAAUUGUGAGUGAGCCCACUCCCUUGGCUGAGAAGCAACCCCACACAUGAAUGGUCUAAGGAUGCUUUACUGUUGGCAUGACACAGGACUGAUGGUAGUGCUCACCUUGUCUUCUACGGACAAGCUUUUUUCCGGAUGCCCCAAACAAUCGGAAAGGGGAUUCAUCAGAGAAAAUGACUUUACCCCAGUCCUCAGCAGUCCAAUCCCUGUACCUUUUGCAGAAUAUCAGUCUGUCCCUGAUGUUUUUCCUGGAGAGAAGUGGCUUUCUCACUGCCCUUCUUGACACCAGGCCAUCCUCCAAAAGUCUUUGCCUCACUGUGCGUGCAGAUGCACUCACACCUGCCUGCUGCCAUUCCUGAGCAAGCUCUGCAAUGGUGGUGCCCCGAUCCCGCAGCUGAAUCAACUUUAGGAGACAGUCCUGGCGCUUGCUGAACUUUCUUGGGCGCCCUGAAGCCUUCUUCACAACAAUUGAACCUCUCUCCUUGAAGUUCUUGAUGAUCCGAUAAAUGGUUGAUUUAGGUGCAAUCUUACUAGCAGCAAUAUCCUUGCCUGUGAAGACCUUUUUUUGCAAAGCAAUGAUGACGGCACGUGUUUCCUUGCAGGUAACCAUGGUUAACAGAGGAAGAACAAUGAUUUCAAGCACCACCCUCCUUUUAAAGCGUCCAGUCUGUUAUUCUAACUCAAUCAGCAUGACAGAGUGAUUUCCAGCCUUGUCCUCGUCAACACUCUCACCUGUGUUAACGACAGAAUCACUGACAUGAUGUCAGCUGGUCCUUUUGUGGCAGGGCUGAAAUGCAGUGGAAAUGUUUUUGGGGGAUUAAGUUCAUUUUCAUGGCAAAGAGGGACUUUGCAAUUAAUUGCAAUUCAUCUGAUCACUCUUCAUAACAUUCUGGAGUAUAUGCAAAUUGCCAUCAUAAAAACUGAGGCAGCAGACUUUGUGAAAAUUAAUAUUUGUGUCAUUCUCAAAACUUUUGACCACGACUGUACUCUUGCCAAGGGGAAAGCCAGGGGGACAAAAACAGGGGAUCAAAAACAUAUUGAAGGUUGGAUAACCCUCCUCAAAACCUCUUCAACACAUCGCUGAAUUAAAAAACAUGAAAACAAAAUGUACACUUUGUUUUCAUAGGCCUUCAGUUACCCUGGCACAGUAUCAGAGGAAAAACUUAGAGAAAAGCUAUCUGACUUCAUCCAAGUCUGAGCAAGAGGGCUUUGAAGAUGUCGGAACCUCUUGUGAGGCACACAGGUUAGGUUACUCUGUGUUUACUUAGAAGUGAAAGAGACUCCUCCUUAACUGCCUGACAAAGUGUUUCCUCGUCAGCUGCUUCAGUUUUCUCUCUUUAAGAAGUUUCAUGCGACCCCUGUAGAGAAAGACAUGCUGCUUCAAACACACUCAUCCCACUCAAACAGACAGCUUCACAGACGUCUGCCUUGCCUUGUCUGUCUUCCAUAAACCACUCCUAAUGGAUAUGCAUAGCCCUAUUAUUUCUCCUUUGAAAGAAUCCUUCUAGUCUACUAGUCAAAUCCCACAAGUUGAGGAGAAAGAUGUGAGUUUGAACAAUAACAGUGGGGAAGCAUACAUGGGAAGUUUGACAGAUCUUCACUCAUCGAUGGUAAAACGUGUGCGUACGUAUGUGUGCGGGUGCCUGUGCGUGUGUGUGGGCGAUUCCUCAAUCACAACUCACCACUGACAGCUCUGUAUUGUCUGGCCUGUAGGAGUAAAUGAAUAGUGACAAGCAGUGUGUGUGUUCUUAUUGUACUUUUAUUAAACCGAAUAGAGCUGCUUAAUUUAAUCCCCCCUCUCUUUAGUUUGACUACCAUAGAGAGGGAACAGGAGCUGUGAUGGGUUUGAUUUGAAUUAGGUAAAUUAGGUGGAGUCUCUGAGGGGAUGGUUGAGAUGAUAAAUAUUCACCAUGAGGAAACACCAUGUCUUUUUGAUCAUAAUUGUUGUAACACUCCUGUAAAGACAGGAGGAAUUAGGAAGACUACCUUUCACUGGUUAUCAACCAGCUCCAAGUAGCUGAUUAGUUGUCUGGGAUUGAAAGAGACAUUUAGCAAAAAAUGUCAGUUGUCUUUUCAAAUGUAACCUGUGGGUUUCUUCUGGUAAAGUGUGUCCAUCAGAGGAAUUAUUAUGUUUGGUCUAUCAAGUGUGCAUUUGUGUGUGUGCUAACAUGCACAGUCAGUGUAGGCUAUCCCACUGGGCACAGAUGUCAAUUCAACGUCUAUUCCACAUUGGUUCAAUGUCAUUUCAUUGAAAUGACGUAGAAACAACGUUGAUUCAACUAGUAUGUGCCCAGUAGGAUGUGUGUUUCUGUAUAUAUUUUGUUAUUCUGCAUGCAUGUGCGGGCCUGAGUGUGUUUUCUCUCUGGACAGCCAGCAUUUCUCUGCUCCAUUUCUCCCUAAUUGACCUCCACCGUGUGUGUGUUUGUGUGUGUGUGUGUGUGUGCUGAGUCACCAUAGUGAGGUCAAAGCCUCUCUGUUGGUACCAGCCCUCUGCCAACAGACAACCAGGCCAAACUCUUAUUGGAUCAGAUAAGAUCAUAAGAUCAUAGCCAAUCAGAUCCAAUCUAUUUUAUUGCGUCAAUGCUGCCGCCAACGUUGAGAUCAUAUUGUUCAUUUAAGUGUGUGUAAUGUGGUCCAUAUUAUAUAUCAUUUGUUUAGUAAAUUGCUGUACCUGGAGCCAAGCCACUCUGUAUGAGUCUGUUUUGAAUGUGGUAGGUAGGUGGUGUGGUAGGGUGGCUACAGUCUUUCUCCAGCAGAUGGCAGAAUACACAUUCUGUUUUGGGGGAAAACCCCAGUCCUCAAUGGAAGGUACAGGUGUUAGCAAAUUUGGUAUUGUGAGGCUGGUGAUUGUAGAGAGGGAGACAGAUAGCAUUCUAGGAUUUGAGUUGAUAUUGUGGAUUGAAUUGUUUUGGGACUGUCUGCACAUCUUACAGCUGGUCAAUCUUUUCCAUUUAUAUGUUUAUUACUGGUUCAGCUCAAAGUGAUUGUAUUCUAUAUGGCAGCACAUGGAAUGGUCUCUACUCUUUGCCAAACAGCUUAGGGUCUAG